AUGUCCACUCAAGUCAUCUACCCAAGCACUGGUGUGACCAGCACGCCAGACCAGACAUCCAAACCUGCCCCAAAUGUUUCGUCAACUGAGACUCAGCCGCCAAAGGACCAGCUCCCUCAGGACUUGGUCAAUGCUAUGCAAGCAAUCUUUGGCAAGCAUCCAGGCUACCGAACAACUCAUGCCAAAGGUCUUCUCGUGGAGGGCAUCUUUACGCCAACAGAAGAGGCCAAGACGCUUUCCACAGCUGCUCACUUCAAUAACCCUUCAACAAAGGUAAUUGCGAGGUUCUCUGUGGGUGGAGGUCUGCCUCAUGUUGCGGACGUGGCAGACGGCGCUACACCCAAGGGCGUUGCCAUUCGCUUCCAAAUUGACGAGAACACUCACACUGAUCUGAUCAGUCACUCGUUCAACGGGUUUGCAACUCGCAAUGGCGAAGACUUCUUGACCUUCCUCAAGCUCUUUGGCGCUGAUGGCUUUACUGAGGCGCAGCUCAAGAAGGCCAAGGCUGGGGGCGGUGACUACUCCAAAGAACAGAAGCUUUAUGAUCAAGCUCACGCUGCGUUUUUGUCUUUCCUUGGAAAACCUGAGCACAGGUCAGCUGCAGUUUUUGUGAGCUCUGAGAAGCCGAACCCUCAUAACUACGGAACCAUCACGUAUUACGAGCCCAACACUCAUGUCUUGACCAACAAAGACGGCGGCAUCACCAACGUCCGCUAUCGUCUUGACCCGGCUGACGGGGAGCACCUCUACCCUAACAAGACUCCCGAGGACAAGGAGGUGCUUGCGAAGUUAGGCAACGACUACUUAGAGGAUGACCUCAGGCAACGCUUCCCAGACAAGCCAAUCGUGCUUACCAUUCAAGCACAUGUUGCUGGUCCUGAUGAUGUGCUAGAUGACGCUACUAAGCCAUACCAGAGCAAGACGUUCAUCCCCGUUGGCAAAUUGGAGAUCAACAAGGUUUCGGACGAUAAUGCUGCUAAACAGCAGCAGAUAGCAUUUCAUCCUAACCCGGAGAAGGGAGGUAUUCAGGGCAUCAAGUCGUCUGACGAUCCUUUGAUCCAAGCACGGAAGGGCGUUUACUGGAUCAGUUCGGAUCAGCGAAGACAUGAGAAGCAGGUUGAGUAGAAUACUGUUGAUGAUAAGUCCUGGUAGUUAGAAUGGAUCCCAGCGACUGUUAGCUUAGGCGCACCUCCGUGGAGCUUUGGCUUUUUUCCAACUCCCCUGAGUACCCUUACAUACUGA